AAAGAACAACGUCCAGUUUGUUUUCGGCUCUGUUGAUCUCUAGGAUUCUCGGGCUACAUGGGUCCCAAAAGACUGAAGAUUUGGCUUAGCCGCACCAUUUUAUCUUAGGAGCUGCUAGUGAUGAGAUGACUGAUGAGGCUUGGUUUAUUUAUUUCCAUGUUAUCAUUACAAAUACAGAGUAAUGAAUCCUCUUCUUUUAAUUUUCAUAUCAUAGAGAUAAUUGUAGGAAUAAAAUAAAUUAUAUUUGAUUUUAGAAAACCUUGCUUUCCAUGUAUGAAUAGUUGGGCCACUAACUAAUAAACCUAAUGAUGAUAGUGGUGGCAUAUCUUCUUCUUCUUCUUCUUUUCUUUUCUUUAUGCUUUUUUUUUUUUUUUUUGGAUUUGUGUUAUCAAAGGUUGGAUUGAGGAAGGUCUAAAGAAGAAUCCCACCGACGAUAUAUUUUUUCUUUUGCUCCAUAACUUUUCCUCCCUUUAAUACUCCUCCAUUUACAAUUUCAACAUACAAAAAACCAAGAAAAGAUCAUACGGUAUUUGAGAUUGUUUGUUGUAUGACAACAAGAUGGGGAACUGUUUGUUUGGAGGCUUGGGGGAAGGUGAUGGAGUGAUCAAAGUCAUAACAUCAAACGGUGGAGUCAUGGAGUUUUCAGGUCUCGUUACGGCAGGAACCAUCACAGAUGAGUUCCCAGGGCACGCCAUUUUUCGAAGCCAAGAUCUCUUUUGGAAACCACUGUUUCACCAUGAAGAACUCCUCCCUGGGAAAUCCUACUAUCUACUUCCACUUCACAGCAAAGAAAGUUCAGGUAAUAGCGGCCAGAUUGUGCGAGAAGGCCAUCUAAGGUCGAACAGCAUCCCGGCAUCUCUUGUUGCUCCUUACAGGAUGUCAUGUGAUUAUCAGGGUCAGGGGACACUGAAGAGGUCUCAUACGGAUGUUUUGUCGAGGCAUGACGACAAUGGGUUUUGGAAAGUGAAGUUAGUGAUCACCCCAGAACAGCUGUUGGAAAUUUUGUCACAGGAAGCUCGGACUCAAGAAUUAAUUGAGAGUGUUAGGACUGUCGCUAAGUGUGGAAAUAGAGUUGAAACUUCUGUUGGAUUUUCGGAUCAAUGGAGUUUGUCAAGCAGUAGGAAUGCUUCUUCUAACAAAGAUGGCUUGUUGUUAGACAUCUAGAAUUACAGUCUUACAUUUUUCCUUCAACGUUAGACGAUGUAAACAAUUGAAAUAGUAGUAUGACUACUUGUGGUUGGAUUAUGAAUGGGAAUGGAGCGGGGUCAAGCUUCAUGUUUGCAUUAAUGUUGCUUCUUCUAACAAAGAUGGCUUGUUGUUAGACAUCUAGAA